AAUCUUUCCCAGCCUCCAGGGGUUUAAUUCUGAUCUGUAAUAAGUCUCUGACCCACAGCUCAGACUUGCAGAUGGAUUUUGCAAAGCUGUGGUUAAUGAUUAGAAAUCCUUUAUCACCUCAGCUCGUGGUCUCUUGCACUUCGCUCCCCUCCCUCAGGAUCCCUUUCUCCCUCUACAGGGGCAUUGCCCCCUCCAAGGCUCUGCAAAGAACUGCCCUGUAAGUAUCUCCAUCCUGAUACAGUUGCUGCCUUCUAAAUUCACUGAGGUCUUCUACAUGCCUUCUUGAGCCUGCUUGUGGCCACCCACAGACACUUGUAAGGAGGAGAGAAGUCAACCUGGCAGAGAGACUCUGAAAUGAGGGAUUAGAGGCAUCCAGGAGCAAGAGCUUCAGUCUGAAGAUAAGGGAGCAGUCCCUGAAGACGGUUCUACCAUGGCCUCUCUUGGCCUCCAACUUGUGGGCUACAUCCUAGGCCUUCUGGGGCUUUUGGGCACACUGGUUGCCAUGCUGCUCCCCAGCUGGAGAACAAGUUCUUAUGUCGGUGCCAGCAUUGUGACAGCAGUCGGCUUUUCCAAGGGCCUCUGGAUGGAGUGUGCCACACACAGCACAGGCAUCACCCAGUGUGACAUCUAUAGCACACUUCUGGGCUUGCCCGCCGACAUCCAGGCUGCCCAGGCCAUGAUGGUGACAUCCAGUGCAAUCUCCUCCCUGGCCUGCAUUAUCUCUGUGGUGGGCAUGAGAUGCACAGUCUUCUGCCAGGAAUCCCAAGCCAAAGACAGAGUGGCAGUAGCAGGUGGAGUCUUUUUCAUCCUUGGAGGCCUCCUGGGCUUCAUUCCUGUUGCUUGGAAUCUUCAUGGGAUCCUGCGGGACUUCUACUCACCACUGGUGCCUGACAGCAUGAAAUUUGAGAUUGGAGAGGCUCUUUACUUGGGCAUUAUUUCUUCCCUGUUCUCCUUGAUAGCUGGAGUCAUCCUCUGCUUUUCCUGCUUAUCCCGGAGAAAUCGCUCCAACUACUAUGAUGCCUACCAAGCCCAACCUCUUGCCACGAGGAGUUCUCCAAGACCUGGUCAACAACCUCCUAAAGUCAAGAGUGAGUUCAAUUCCUACAGCCUGACAGGGUAUGUGUGAAGAACCAGGGGCCAGAUAUGGGGGGUGGCUGGGUCUGUGAAAAACAGUGGACAGCACCCCGAGAACCACAGGUGAGGGACAUUACCACUGGAUCGUCAGAAGGUGCUGCUGAGGACAAACUGACUUUGGGCAUUGGAUUGAGCAAAGGCAGAAAUGGGGGCUAGUGUAACAGCAUGCAGGUUGAAUUGCCAAAGAUGCUCGCCAUGCUAACCUUUCUGUUUUCCUCACCUUGCCGCCCCCCUUCCCUGAAUCCCCAACCCUCAACUUGAAACCCCACUCCCCUACUUUGAGCCAGGCCCCAGAUGAUCCCUUUGCCCUUUGGUUUAGCUGGGACUCCAUCCCCACACCCACUAAUCACAUCUCACAGACUGACCCUCUCUCUGGCUGAGUUGGCUCUUAGCUCUUUGCUGGGGACGGGAAGGAGAAGCGGUGGCUUUUGUGGACAUUGCUCUAACCUACUUAUCAAGCCUCCCUCCAAAGAAACAGACUGGCCCUGGAACCUCCAUCCCACUCUUGUUAUGACUCCACAGUGUCCAGACUAAUUGUGCAUAAACUGAAAUAAAGCCAUCCCACAGUAUCCAGGGAACAGAAAGCAGGAUGUAGGAUGGGAGGAUGGGAAGGCAGCCUGGGACAUUAAAAAAAAAAAAAAAAAAAAAAAAAGCAGAACCCAUUUCCCAGGGCACUUUCCAGAAUUCCCUCAUAUUUGUGGUCAGAGGAUUGAGCCUGUGGCUUAAGGAAAGCACAAGGAAAGGAAAAAAGAUCUGGUGGAAAGCUCAGGUGGCAGCAGACUCUGACUCCACUGAGGAACAGCCUCAGAAGCUGUGAUCACAACUUCACUGAAGCCCCUGCCUCCCUCUGGGGCACCUGUCCUGUCUUCCUGCCUAAACCACAAGGCUAAGGGCUACAGACAAUGGUUUCCUUAGCAACAGUGAACUAGUUUUUCUAGAGAUUGCCCUUGGCUGGGGGAUGACAGUGUGGGAUCUAUGGAUCAGUACACACACAGGAUGGAGCAGUGUAUCUACUGAGGAAGAUACCAUUCCUUGAUGCUAGCCAAGAAAGAAUAAGAACCUUGGUGUCUAAGAAACCGGGUGGAUGUGUAUGGUGGCUCCAGUGGGUGUUUCUACUAUGUCAGCAAGAGGCAGCCCCCCAGAAUGUCUUCAGGCAUAAUGGAAAAUCAGCUCAAGUGAGAUCAGGCCCCCUAGGGUCCACCCACAGAGCACUACAGAGCCUCUGAAAUACUACAGCACCAGGUGAACCCCUUCAGAUUCCCCCCACUGUCCAUCAGAUGUUCUAGAGUGGCUAGAGGGCAUCCAAGAGCUCCAGCAUGGCAUAUCCAUGCCCACCGUGUUAUGUCCAUGAUCUGAGUGAUAGCUGCACUGCUGCCUGGGAUUGCAGCUGAGGUGGGAGAGUGGAGAAUGGUUCCCAGGAAGACAGUUCCACCUCUAAGUUCUGAAAAUGUUCCCUGGAAUGGGAGUAGGAAGUCAUAUACCAAAGAUUUUUUCCCUCACCAGUCUCAGCAUGACCGACUACUGAAAAACUCCAGCACACCUCCUCGAACCUCAGUGUCAGCAGAGAGGGCCCAUGUGUUGUCUGUAACAUGCUUUUCCCAUGUCCACUUUCUUGCCUACGUUCCAGCUGCUCUCCCAACCUGGAAGGCCUUCUACCCUUAGCCAAGUCCUACUCAGGCUUGGAGAACUUGCUCAGCAUCACUUCCUUCAUUGAGCCUGCUCUGAUCACUCCAUCACUCUCCUACCCCACCCUCUCCCAACCCUCAAUGUGUAAAUUGCUUACUGAUGCUUAGCAUUCACAAUUUUGAUGGAUCAUUAUUUGUGUCUGUGUGUCCGAUCUCAUAAAUACACUGUAAACUCUUUGGUGGGUGGGGGCUAUAUCCUAGACCUCUCUGUUUCCCCCAGACUAUCUGUAACAGUGGCACACAGUAGGUGAUCAAUAAACACUUGUUGAUUGAGUAA